AGGAAUGUGGCGCGAGUCAGCCCGGCAACGCUGAGUACAUACAAACACAUUAAUGUGAAAAAAACACAUCCAGAGGAAGUAUCUUUCGCCUGCUUUUAUUUGCCGUUUAUUUGGACGUCCCCGUGAGUUACAUCAAACCUACACACAGUGCAAAAUCUCCCGGAGAAAAUGCGUCGCACCCGCCAGAGAACUAUGGCUGGGAGCGGCUCAGAUGGAACUGAAGACUCUGAUUCCUCUGCUGAAAGGGAACAGACCAACAGUUCAGAAAGUGAUGGGACCAUGCCUAAGAGACAGCGCCUCACCAGAGCCUCUACUCGCCUUAGCCAGAGCUCUCACGACACGCCGGACUUGAAGCGAGCUGCGGACCACGAUGAAUCUCCACCACUGACACCCACAGGAAAUGCUCCCUCUUCUGAAUCUGAGUUGGAUAUAUCCAGUCCCAAUGCUUCCCACGAUGAGAGCCAGGCCAAGGAUCAGGCUAACAGAGACUCAGAUAAAGACCUAUCUCUUCGGCCCAAACGCCGCCGCUGUCCUGAAACCUACAACUUCAACAUGAAAUGCCCAACUCCGGGUUGUAAUUCCCUUGGCCACCUCACUGGGAAACAUGAACGUCACUUUGCUGUCUCAGGGUGCCCUCUUUACCACAAUCUUUCUGCUGACGAGUGCAAGGUGAAAGCCGUCAGUCGUGAGAAACAAGAGGAGGACGUAAAGGCACAGGAAGAAAGCAAUGCACGUCAUGCAACGCGUCACCAGACACCGACACCAAAACAGAGCAGAUACAAGGAGCAGGUAGUAGAGAUGAGGAAAGGAAGGAACUCUGGCCUACAGAAGGAGCAGAAAGAAAAGCACAUGGAGCAUCGGCAGGCACACGGCAACACCAGAGAGCCUCUGCUUGAGAACAUCACGAGUGAAUAUGACUUGGAGCUGUUUAGGAAAGCCCAGGCCCGUGCAUCGGAAGAUUUGGAGAAGCUGCGUAUCCAGGGUCAGAUCACAGAGGGCAGUAACAUGAUCAAGACCAUUGUGUUUGGCCGUUUUGAGCUGGACACCUGGUAUCACUCGCCUUAUCCUGAGGAAUAUGCGCGGCUCGGCCGCCUUUAUGUGUGCGAGUUCUGCCUCAAGUACAUGAAGAGCCAGACCAUCCUCAGACGACACAUGGCCAAGUGUGUGUGGAAGCAUCCCCCAGGUGACGAGGUUUACAGAAAGGGCUCUACAUCUGUGUUUGAAGUUGAUGGCAAAAAGAAUAAGAUCUACUGCCAGAACUUGUGUUUACUUGCCAAGCUUUUCUUGGACCACAAAACGCUUUACUACGACGUGGAGCCUUUUCUCUUCUACGUAAUGACUGAGGCUGACAACACCGGCUGUCAUUUAGUGGGCUAUUUUUCUAAGGAGAAGAAUUCUUUCCUGAACUACAACGUAUCCUGUAUCCUUACGAUGCCACAGUACAUGAGACAGGGCUUUGGGAAGAUGCUCAUAGACUUCAGUUAUCUGCUGUCCAAAGUGGAGGAGAAGGUGGGCUCACCAGAGAGACCUCUGUCUGACCUGGGUCUCAUCAGCUACCGCAGCUACUGGAAGGAAGUGCUGCUCAGAUACAUGUACAACUUUCAGGGCAAAGAAAUCUCUAUCAAAGAGAUUAGUCAGGAAACUGCAGUCAACCCCGUGGACAUCGUGAGCACCCUGCAGUCUCUGCAGAUGCUCAAGUAUUGGAAGGGAAAGCACUUGGUACUGAAGCGGCAGGAUCUGAUUGAUGAGUGGAAAGCGAAGGAGAUCAAACGAGGUAACAGCAACAAAACCAUCGACCCAAGCUCGCUAAAAUGGACCCCUCCCAAAGGGACAUAAGAAUCAAGAUACUCAGGCUACUGAAAAAGAAACCCUUUAGCCUCAUAAACCACAAGUAGCCUAGACCCAUAAGCUGUCAAUAAAAAAACAAAAAAAAGUGUUCCAUUUGUUUUUGCAUUUUUAUCCAAUUAAUUUCUAAAUGUCUCUGUGGAGUCACUUUUUUUACUUUUACUUUCAUUUAAAUCUUCAGCACCAUUUUUCACAUCAAAUUAUUCUAUUGUCAAACACUUAAAAGAAGAAAAAUCUGUAUUUUUUUUGUUUCAAACUGCUUCUAUCAACGUAGGUUCUGAAUGUUAAUGAUAAACGGUGCGUGUGAUUGAUAACGUGAAUGUUUUCUUCUACUGCAUUGAAUACAUCCUUACAUUUGGCAGCAUUUAAAGGUCAUUCUUAUUUCUUUCAAGCAAGGUACAUUAGGAAAAAUGUUAACUAUUCCUGUGUGAAAUGAAUACAGCAGUUGUUGGCAUGAACUGAACUAACCAGGGUAUAUAUUUUUUAGAAACAUCAUUCGUAGUAACGUCUUCUUUGGUUGGAGUACAGUUGUAUAGAUUUUUUUUUCCCCCUUCUUUUGUAGCUCCACUAGUACAGGAUUCGUAUCCAUUCCUGCGGCCCUGAAAAGUAAAGUAAAAUAAAUAUUUUUGGCUUAAAUAGCUUAGUGACUGACUGUACCACUGUAGGGAUGCACAGAAACAGGACAACCUCAGGUUUUGUAACGAUACAAUCGUACCUUCUCGCUCGGAUGGUUUCUCCGGAGCGUGAGUUGCAGCGGUUGUUGCAGAUGGAAUAAACCUGGUUAAAGACUCUGAAAAUAAAUGGCAAACAUUUGAAUGGAACUGUGCUUGCCUUGUGAUUUUAAUUGUAGCUACAAAGUGUGUCUUUUGCAUUUUGAUAUUUUUAAUAACAAUAAAGCUGGCUUGAUUUUU